GCAGUGCUGCCGUGUCCAUGGACUAGCCGAGGCAGCCGAGGGACCUACGCCGACCGCCGCCUCACCCUCCGCCCAGCUCGGCGAAACUUAGCGAGCAGGCGCCUGCCCCGAGGCUGUGCCAUAGAAGAUGCACUAUUACCGAUAUUCUAAUGCAGAAGUCAGCUGUUGGUACAAAUACUUGCUCUUCAGCUACAACAUUGUCUUUUGGCUAGCUGGAGUGGCCUUCCUUGCAGCUGGUCUGUGGGCAUGGAGUGAAAAGGGUGUAUUGUCUGAUCUGACAAAGGUGACUGGUCUUCAUGGUCUGGACCCAGUGGUGCUUGUCUUAGUGGUGGGAAUAGUGAUGUUCACUUUGGGAUUUGCUGGUUGUGUGGGAGCACUGAGAGAAAACAUCUGCCUGCUGAAGUUUUUCUGUGGAACAAUUGUGUUUAUAUUCCUGUUGGAGCUGGCAGUAGCAGUUAUGGCUUUCCUGUUCCAGGACUGGGUGAGGGACAGGGUAAAAGAAUUCUUUGAGAAUAACAUUAAAUCCUACCGAGACGACAUUGACCUCCAGAACAUCAUUGAUUCACUACAGAGAAUUAACCAUUGCUGUGGGGCCCAAGGUCCAGAAGACUGGGACUUCAACAUCUACUUUGACUGCAAGAGUGAAAGCAAAAGUCGUGAGAAGUGCGGAGUUCCUUUUUCCUGUUGUAUACCCGAUCCUGCUCAAAAAGUUGUGAAUACACAAUGUGGCUAUGAUAUCAGAAAGAAGAGCAAAAGUCAAUGGGAUGAUCAGAUUUUUGUCAAAGGAUGUAUCCAUGCACUUGAAGCUUGGUUACCCCGAAAUAUCUACAUUGUUGCAGGUGUCUUCAUAGCGAUCUCACUGCUCCAGAUUUUUGGGAUUUUCCUAGCCAGGACAUUGAUUUCUGAUAUUGAAGCUGUAAAGGCAAGUAAUGCCUUCUGAAUAUGAAAGCAGACCCAUGUUGCAAGACAGUGUAUGUUAAGAUGAUUGAUUGGACACCGAGGCAGAAGAAAUGCACAGACCAUGAAAUACUCCUGUUGUUAAAAGCCUUAUGUGGAUUUUUUUUUUUUUCCCCUGCUCAUGGUUUUUGUUAAAAGCUGUUACAAAAAACAAUCACCAAACACAUGCUGUCUACCUUUUUUCUGGCAAGACAACUCAGCGCACCAGCGUUGGUCUCUGAGGAAGAAAUGGAAUUUCCCAGGACACUGGCAGAGCAGAUUUUCAAGACUGUAGCAGGGAGCCAUGAAACUGCUUUUCUUGAAGGAUUGCUAUGAAGAUUGUUCUGUCUUCACUUCUGUCUUCUGUCUUAAAAUGUAAUCUUGUCAAAUGUCACUUGCUGAUUUCUUCAGAACCUUGCAAUCAUGUUAAUCUCUCCAGUAGACUUAUCCAGCCGUUUUUGGCAGCAUCUCCAGCAACCAUAACCGGAAAUUGGGGAAAAAAAAAUCACAAAAUGUCCAGAUCUUUAGUUGAUUUUUAGGUUGUGCAAAUCCCACGCUAUUUUGAAUAAUUCAAGCCUGCUCCCAGGAUGGGAAAAAUCUGACUAUCUAUAGCAUUAAGUCUUAAAAAUCUCCAUUUCAGGCAAGAGGGUGUAAAGCCCUGAUGCUGUUUCCUGUCUGAGAAAAAUGUAAAUAUUCUUUAUUUAUAGAAGAAAAACCUCUUUAAAAAUGCUUAUCCUUUCAAUGAUCAGUAAUAGCUUUAAAAAGGGCUGUCUGCAUACACUUCAGAAUGCAGCUUGUUUCAGUAGGUAGCAAGCAUGCUGUGCUAGCUGUUGAUGGCUUUUGUUAUUCCUCUAGUUUCUGUCACAACUGCUAUGUUGAUCUUCAGAAGUUUUAACUGUCACUACCAGGACUGAUGAAAGACUUGCAAAUUCAGUGUUAAUGUCAUUUUCUACAUGAAGCUGAACUAGUCCUUCUUAUGUCAGGGUUUUCAUUUUAAUCAAGAGAAAAUGAAACUCUUCUUCCAAUCCUCCUUUGUGGGGAUUAGUAGAUGGAUCUGUAGGUCAGUAGGGGUUCCAGUCUCUUCUGUAAGACUUUGGUGUUGUCUCCUUAGCUGUAAGGUGGAAGUCUGUGGCUGAAGUGUUUUUGGAAGUAGCUGUAGCUGUCAGUCUUACUGUGGGCCAUAUAACUAACAUCAUUUACUGCUUCUGGUGACACCAGGGUUUUCAGGGAGAGCAGGUUCACUUACAGUGCCUAACACAGUGUAAAUUUUAGAAAAGUAUCUAUUUUUAUAAUGAUAUUUUACUAUAUGUAGUGUGCCUGAAGAUUUAAUACUUGUCUUUCUAAAGUAUAUGGCUUUCUUUGGAAGCCAAGCUUUUAAAUAUAUUAUGUUAUUUUUUCCUAUUAUGCAUAUAUUAACAAUCAUUUCACUGGCAAAAGUUGAUCAACAGUAAGAAUCUUUGUGUCUGGUGUCCAGACACAAUUGUCCAGACACCCUUCUUGCUUGUAAUCUGUGAAGCACUUCAGACAGUGCUCAUGUGUACUUCAGCUUUCAUAGUUCUUUUUCUGGCCAGUGAUUGAGACACAACAGGAAAAGGAAGCUUGUCUAAGGAUGGCUGAUUUCCUUACAGUAGCAGAGAAUAGUCUGCUAUUAACUCAUCUAAAAACCUGCAAGUUAAAUGGCUGGAAGUACACUGUGACUUUUUAAAUUGGGUAUACAACAAGAAAACAAUAGCAGUAGAUCACUGAGGGGAGAGCAAGAGGCAUUUCUUCUGUAAAGCCAUGAAUUUGAGGUCUGUGUUACCUUUUUGUUGAAUCUGAUCCAUGAGAAGCAGCCAGAAAUGUGUGAUUGUAAUACAACUUGGUAAGCAGCAGAGUAGUGGCCAGCAAACUUUGCUUUAAAUUCUGGUGCUUGAAACCUUGUAACACCUCAUCAGCCGAUUUACUUGGUUAUGUGUGAUAAUCUGAUGUAUGUAAAAUCAGAGAAGGCAGAUUCCUGUUUGGAAGUUUUUAGUCAUAAAACCUUGCAUUGAAAACACCAGCUAGAGAGUACAUUUCCCUUUGCCAGUUUCUGACACAGGCAGCUGCUAGUGCUAGGAAGGAAUUCCAGCGAUUUGGUGAAAAUCAUUCUGGUGUCAAAGAUGGCUGUGGAGCUCAUGCACUGAAAUUAGCUGCUGACAAGAGCCAGCAUUACAGAUUACAGUUCCAGGGUCUGCAAAUCUUGCCAAGUUACCUGAAGACUAAUUAAUACUUCAUUUUUUUGAAGCACUGUUUGUAUGCAAACCAGAAUUUAACUGAAGUAUUGUAUUUCCACAGUUAAUUCUUAAUGGCUUUGGCCAUAUUAACACCAGCCUUUGUAUCAGUGUUUCAGUUAUUUGGAACUGAAUUUGAGGGAAGUUCAACUUAUUUGAGGACCUUUAAAUUCAUGGAGGGAUUUGUCUUUUUUGCCACUGUGGAUAAACUUCUCUAUGCUUAUUCAGUGUAAUUUUUUAAAUCCUGGGGCUCUAGGUUGUUUUGCCCCUGUAUGUUCUGAAGUACACCCAUACUUGGCUGGUGUAAUUUCAGACUUGUAAGGGGAACACUUUCUACUUAGUUUUAUUUAGCACCUUCUCUGUGGACCUGCAGUGACUUCAUGGCUGAAGAUUUAGGUUAUGGUCUAAAAUAAGUCUUGUCAGCAAAAGCAGCUGGGUGUGAGCCUGCCUCUGAAGCCUCAAAGGAAAAUUAUUUCAGUGAUCUCACUGAGAGGUCUGAUACAUUGUUGAUGUUGAGAUUUCAGCGGUUGCAUUUGGAACAAGUUCACAAACACUACAGUGGAACCAAGGUGUUUCAUGAAGAUGUCAAAAGAGGUCAGACUUGAAGAACUGGACUGAGAGAAGCAAACUUCAAUGUGAUAUCUUUUAUUUCUCAGAAAUGAGCACAACUUAUUUCCGUUAAGCAAUGUAUGUAUGUGUCAGUGUGUUUGACAGUGCAGCUGCCUCUGGUGUUAUUGAUACAACUGCAUUUGGACACAGUUUCCCUGUACAUGAAGAGGAGGAUGAAUAGAAGCACUGAAAAAAGUGCAGUGACCAAAGGACCUUGGGUUGCCUUGUGAAAACCGGAAUGUUUCUUCCCAAGAGAUCUUUAGCUUUGGUGAGCUCAUGCAGUGCCAUGUGGACAGACUUGUGCUCCCAGUCCAUGGAGCUUGAUGUGGCCAUUGAUUUAGGUGUAGAACUGCCUUCCUUGGGUUUUGUAUCCCCAUCCUUCCCUCUUUCUUCCCCUUACUGCCUGUGCAUUGUCAUGCAGCUUGAACAUUGUUCAGCCACUGGGAGGGGAGCUCCUGUCUCCUCUUCUGAGAUGGCUUUUCUGAAUGACUUUCAAUAUAUUUUUUUUUCUCAAGCCUUAAAUUUGAUUAAAUAAAAUUCAAUAUUUUCUACUCCUGGA